AUGAACUCCACCUCCGGCACCCUCGUCACCGCUGCUAUGCCCGCCUCCGCCUCCCCGGCAGUGCAUGUCGCUAGCGUGCGCACUCAUGUGCCCGUCACGCUCGACCUCCAUGCCUCGAACUUCACCAAGUGGCGGAUGCUCGUCCGCGUGCUCCUCGGCAAGUACGACUUGCUCCCUCACGUCAACGUCGUCAUCGCCGCGGCGGACCGCACGCCGGACUGGACUCGCGAUGACUACGUCGUUCGGUCCUGGCUCUACGGGUCCAUCUCCGACGAAAUCCUGGACAUAAUCAUGGCGGAGGAUCAAACUGCCCAGGAAGCAUGGAUGCUCAUCACCAACCUGUUUCUAGACAAUCAGAUGACUCGGGCUGUUUACCUUGAGGCGGAGUUCCGAGGUCUCGUCCAAGGUGACCUCUCCAUCACAGCCUACUGUCAUCGCCUCAAGGCCCUUUCGGAUGCUCUCAGCGACGUCGGCACCCCCGUCUCCGACCAAACUCUUGUCCUCAACUGCCUCGUGGACUCAAUCCGCGCUUCUCCGACAUCACGACGAUCGUCACCAUGCAGAAUCCUCUUCCGUCGUUCAACCAGACGAGGUCCUUGCUGA